UCUAUGGCCGAGCGCUCUGCCGGUUUGCGUCGGGGAGGGCUGACGUUGGUCAAUAAAAAUGGCGGCGGCGGCGGCGGUGGCGGGGAGCAGCAACUAUUGGGAGGAUCUAAGGAAACAGGCCCGGCAGCUGGAAAACGAACUGGACCUCAAGCUGGUCUCCUUCAGUAAAUUGUGCACCAGCUACAGCCAUGGCAGUUCUCGCGAUGGAAGACGCGACAGGUAUAGCUCGGACACAACGCCUCUUCUGAACGGAUCCAGCCAAGACCGCAUGUUUGAAGCGAUGGCUGUGGAAAUUGAACAACUGUUGGGAAAGCUGACAGCGGUCAACGACAAAAUGGCGGAGUACACCAACAGCGCUGGUGUCCCCUCCCUCAAUGCGGCUCUGAUGCACACCUUGCAGCGGCACAGAGACAUCUUACAGGAUUACACCCAUGAAUUCCACAAAACCAAAACCAACUUCCUGGCAGUGCGGGAAAGGGAGAACCUCAUGGGCUCAGUCCGGAAAGAUAUUGAGUCAUACAAAAGCGGUUGUGGUGUCAACAACAGGCGAACAGAACUUUUCUUGAAGGAGAACGAACAUCUGCGAAACUCCGACCGGCUGAUCGAAGAGACGAUAAGCAUUGCCAUGGCCACAAAAGAAAACAUGACUUCGCAGCGAGGAAUGAUGAAAUCCAUACAGAGCAAGAUGAACACCUUGGCCAACCGUUUCCCAGCCGUGAACAGCCUCAUCCAGCGGAUCAACCUGCGGAAACGGCGCGACACCCUCAUCCUGGGGGCCGUGAUCAGCGUUUGCACCAUCCUCCUCCUCCUCUACGCUUUCCAUUGACGGAAAAUGCCGUGCGCAGAGACACUUCUGGGACCAGGUUCCAGGCGCCUGCAGAGGGGCAGGCGGACUUCUGGGGGGACGGGACCCUCCCCCCCCCUUCAAUCUGGGGACGCGGAGACCCGAGAGACCCAGGCAGGUGGACUUCCCUCCUUCCUUCCUCCACCGACGGCCGUGAAGGUGCCACGGGGUUCUCCCACGGUCCCGUUCUCCCAACGUUAAGGAAUCCUCCCCUUAAAUGUCCUUUCUCCCUUUUCUAUCGUUUUGCUCUCCCCUAAACUUAGGAGCCCGGCACACACACACACCCCCCACACACACACACCCACAAAUUCAGCCGCCGUGUUCACCUUCCAAAGGGUAAAACCUUUGCUCUGUUUUUUCCCACCUCAACCCGUCUCCCUCUCCGAUAUUUAAACGCAAUUUGCGCCCAGACAUUGCAACUUAAAAAAAAAAACAACUUUGCAACUUGAAAAACUUUUGGCCCCGACCCGGUUGAAGAUCCAAGAACCACGGAGAGAAAU